UGUAUCACUCGUGUUCUAGAGGGAUCGCUGCUGAUCAUCUCAAAGGGGAGGGGGGACCGCUGCUGAUUAUCACAGGGAGCAAUCUGCAAAGCUAAUAAAGGCAUCCCAAUACAGAUCAUUACAUCCAACCCCCCCCUCCUUGCCCUGGUUCUGGCAGGCAGCAGCUAUGCCCCUCUUCUAUAGGUUCAUGUGGAUGUGCCUGGCGCUGGCAGUGCCCCUUGGGGAAGCCUCCGUGCUGGCAGAGGAAGGGCUCUUGAAAGAUGACACAAUCGCAAAUCUACUGAAAGACGCCGAUGAAGACUUGGCACCUAAGAAACCUCAGAUUCAGUUCAAUGCCCACUUCUCUGCCAAUCCUGAUGAGGGUUGUUACCUGGACCCAGAAAAUGACGAUUGCCUGCAAGACUGUCACUACAACACAUCAGCAAAGACUUUCAUUGUCAUCCAUGGGUGGACGAUGUCUGGACUGUUCGAGAGUUGGUUGCAUAAACUGGUGGGGGCCCUUCAGCAAAGGGAGCAUCACGCCAACAUCAUAGUUGUUGACUGGAUGUCUCUCGCUCAUCAACUCUACCCUGAUGCCGUCAAUAACACAAAGUUGGUCGGAAAGGAGACUGCUGUUCUAAUAGACUGGUUGCAGGAGAAAGGAAAUAUGUCCCUCAAAAACGUCCAUCUUAUUGGUUACAGUCUUGGUGCACACGUUGCAGGUUUUGCAGGAAAUCAUGUCAAAGGAACCCUUGGACGCAUUACAGGCUUGGAUCCAGCAGGACCAAUGUUUGAAGAUGCAGAAGCUCACAAACGGCUCUCACCUGAUGAUGCUGAAUUUGUAGAUGUUCUUCAUACAUAUACCCGAGAGGCGCUAGGAGUUAGCAUUGGCAUCAAGAUGCCCAUUGGCCAUAUUGACAUAUAUCCCAAUGGAGGCGAUUAUCAGCCAGGCUGUGGCUUAUCAGAUGUUCUUGGUGCCCUAGCCUAUGGAAAUAUCGGGGAUGCUGUAAAGUGUGAACAUGAGCGUUCUGUGCACCUUUUUGUGGAUUCUCUCAUAAAUAAAGACAAGGAGAGCUUUGCCUUCCAAUGCAUUGACUCCAAUCGCUUCAAGAAAGGAAUCUGCCUGAGCUGUCGCAAGAACCGAUGUAAUGCCAUUGGUUAUAAUGCCAAGAAAAGCACCAGUAAAAGAAACAGCAAAAUGUACCUGAAGACCCGGGCACAGAUGCCAUACAAAGUUUUCCACUACCAGCUCAAAAUGCAUAUCUUCAACUACAUGUUUGAGCAGGAGACUACUGAACCCACUUUCUCUGUCGUCCUGGUUGGAACUUUGAACGACUCCAUCCCUCUGCCCUUAAAUGCGCCAGAACAGAUCGGAUACAAUUUCACCAACACUUUCCUGGUGUACAGUGAAGAUGAUAUCGGUGAUCUCCUUACUGUCAAACUGAAAUGGGAAGGGACCAAACAAUCAUGGUUCAAUUUCUGGUCCUCCAAUUACUGGUUUGGGUCCAAGGGCAAUGAAAAAGAACUACACAUCCGUCGCAUCCGCGUGAAGUCUGGAGAAACCCAGCAGAAAUUUACAUUCUGUCUGAAAGAGUUACAUAAAAGUGGUAUAGCUCCCGGUGGUGAACUGGUGUUUGAAAAAUGUAGAGAUGGUUGGGAAGUAAAGAGCCACAAACGGGUGAACUUAUAAUGUCACGGAUCCAUCCGGUGGGUUCUGCAGUCACUGACCCUGACGUUGCAUCCAAGUGGGGCUCUACAUGGAGACAUCUGUCUACAAAGCACUGAAAACGAUGCUGCUUGUUUUUUAUUUAUAAAAUGAAAAAAUGUCGUAGAUCCAUUAACGGGUUGGCCGUUGGACAGCCUGUGACGAUGCAGUCAUUGACCUAACAGGGCCCAUUUGUUCCACUCUGGUCCUUUCAUGGAAACUUUGAAGAAGUUUACAUUCCCCUCACCCCUUAUAUGAACUGUUACAAAGAAGGAAGUUUUUCAUGAAAGGAUAAUUUGGAUUAAUGAGAUUAUUAUAAUCUGCUGCUCAUACAAACCUUCAAUACUAACAGCCCCCCCCCCCGACCUUAAUUCCUUAUACUAUUUCCCCCCCUCCCCCAGUUUUUUGUACAUGUCUAGAGAUUUAUAUAUUUUUAUACAGUGUGAGCUGUGGCAAGGACUGUGUGACCGUGUAGUCCCUCUUAUUUAUGAUGGUUCAGUUAUUAACAUUGUGCAUGAAGAUCCAGUUGUCAGUAUUUUAUUCAAAGAGCUGAGCUAUGGUAGUCCAGCCACAUGGCGAUCCAUCCAGUGGGUUUCUUUUUGCUUUUGCUCCACUCUUCCCUAGUCAUAUGUGUUAAAGGGAUUAUCCAGGUUUAGAAAAACAUGGCUGCUCCCUUCUAGAAACGGCAUCACACCUGUCCAUAGGUUGCAUUGUGGCUUGGCUUCACCAUUGGUUUUGAGGUGCAAUACCACACAGUCUGUGGACAGGUCUGACGUUUGAGCUCUGUAUUUCUAACCUUGUGCAACCCCCUCCAUGGCAAUCACUGGAAUGUUUCAAGGUGGACUCUAAAAGGCCAUUUCUUCCCCUAUGCACUUCCAUCAUCCUCCAUGUUGCAUCUACUCCCUUCAACCUUGGUGACAUCACUGUGUCUAACUAUGAACCAUGUACGGCAGAGGCCAGAUGAAUUGGUGCAUUGGUUUUGGUUCUUAUUCCAUUCAGAAUAUGAACUGAGCCUUUAAUGUUUCUCAAUUUUGAUUUUGUCAUCUUUUACUGUGCCAGAGGAGUUGGUGCAACAUUGUGGACCUGUCCCAAAGCUGGUGAUGAGCCAAGUCUAAUGAGUCUCUAAGCUCCACAGGUCUGGGUAGUCUGUGGUCUUGGAGAGUAAGUACCUUGGUCAGAUACAUGAGUUGUAAAUACCUGUGUAGAUAUAUUGUACAUAGAUUUGCUGCAUUGAAAUGAAUUUUAGUAGGUCACAAGCAGCCAUUCCACCUAAGUUAAUGUAUAGUUGUCAUCUACUAUGUCUGUCGUGGAAAUGUAAUUUAUGAGAUAUCAGUGUAUAUAAUGAAUUUUUGCAGGAUUUGCUAUGAUGUUGUGUAUGCUGUUUUCUUUUUUAUUUAUUCUGAAUUUAUAUGUGUAGAAACACAUCUUUUUUUUAUGAAAUUAUUUAAAAAUCAUAAAUACAACAUUUAAAAUUUCUCGUAUAUGACUCUGAUUUCUGUAUAUGGUGCAGCAUAAGCAACAGAAACAAGAUGUAUGUUACAAUUAUGGCAUCACCAGGUGACAUCACAAAAGUCUUCAGUGAAGCUUUGUGAUGUCAUCAUUUCGCUUGUCCUCUGGAGAAGUCACAGUGCUCUGCUUUUAUCUCUGAUAUAUGUUGAGUCUAUUCCUCAUCAGGUAGUAAGAAGCUGUCCCAAAACCCUACCCAAAAUGGCCCAUGUACUUGGAACUUAGGAUCCAGAAGGCUGUCUCCAGCCUGUCUAGUUAUAGGUCUUCAUAAAGCAUGUAUGCACAACAAUGUAAAAUCUAUACACAAGUAAAAUAGAGAAUGGGGAACAAAGGUAUGCAGUCAUGAUUCACAAUGGAGGACCUUGAUCAGCAAUCCAAGAUGGCUGGAGACAUCUGCAUAUAGCAGGAGGCUUGGUGGACAGGUGCUCACACUCCUUUGAUUCUAGAAGGCCUCUUUCACACUAGUAAAUCAUGGCUGUUUGCAUUCUGAGUUCUCUACGGACAGAACAUGUACCCAUUGAUAUUAAUGUGCUUAGGUUUUACAUGGGUCAGUAGAAGAACCAUUGAGACAUACACUACUUUGGUCCCUGAUGUUGGCCAAACAAGUCCAUUGAAGACAUAGAUGGUGUCAGUGUUCUGUGACUGUCAGUGACUUUUCACAGGCCAUUGGUAGGUGAUGCACUGGAUACUAGAUUUCAGCCAAAACUGGACCAAAUGAUCUUUUAUGGAUGGCCAAAGUGACCAUCCUGUCAUGGAUGUCAUCA